CCUCUGAGAUCUUCGCAUGUAUACGGGCUGCUUCGCUGUACGGUCUCCAGUGCACUCCUUCUCAGUGUGAAGACUGACUGCACCUGUGUCUUGUCUUUGAGAUAAUUCGUUAUAAUCUGGUAAAGAUGAUCCGAACAGUAAUUUUUGCAUGCUUGGUGGUGUUUGUGGUUGGCCUUGGAUCCUGUCCCCUGCAACGGCCUACUCAGUGCACCGGUUUCCGAAAUUCCACUUUAGUACGGCGUGAGUUUCCCCAUGAUGCAGGUUUGCAGUGUUCUCUGUUCCCUCCUGUCCAGUGCCCGAUCUUGAAAGGAAAUGCAACCGUCGGCGAGUUCCUCUUGCUUUCUGAGCCAACCAUGGAGCGUACGAGUCUGCUCCCUCUAGCGUUGCAGUGUCCCGCGCCCGCUUCUCAUGAUGGCUUCGACUUUGGUCCUCAGCUCUAUGCUUUCUACCUGAAUGCGUCUAUCGUUAGUAAUAGGAAAUAAUUUAAUCUUAAACGUCGCUGGUGACAUUUUUUGUAUGUUCCUUAUGACGACAGGCAAGGCGCCGACGUAUUCCGUCCAAGGCUAUUUUCUUAUAAACUUAUUUAUCAAUAAAAUCGAAGCUGUCUAUAA